AUGUAUCAACACGGCCACGCUUUCCAGGGCAGAAAACUGUCGGAACAGGAGAGGGCGCGAGUUUUAGAGUUCCAGGAUACUAUCCAUUACUCACCCAGGUACUCAGACGAUACGCAUGAAUAUCGUCAUGUAAUGCUUCCUAAGGCAAUGCUGAAAGCGAUUCCAUCGGACUAUUUCAAUUCGGAGACGGGAACGCUGAGGAUUCUUACAGAGGACGAAUGGCGUGGGAUUGGGGUUACACAGUCCUUGGGUUGGGAACACUAUGAAUGUCACGCCCCAGAACCGCACAUCUUGUUGUUCAAACGCCAGUUGUAA